AUGAGGAGAUUACCGGUACGGACGACGACUGUGACUGAGUACAGCUCUCACAGCACUCAGGGCUCCCAGCCGGGCUUGCCCACCAGGAAGGUCAGGAAGAAGGUCAAGGUGGACACGUCCAAGUUCAUGACCCCGUACCUGGCCCACAGCCAGAAGAUGCUGGAGCAGUUCAGCCACAACAAGUACCGUCAGGCGUACGACCCUGUCCAAGGGAAACUCCUGCCGUGGUCAUCGACAACCCCGGAGAUGGUCCGCAUCAAGAAGGCCCAGGAGCAGCUGAGUGAGGUUAAAUACCGCAUGGAGGGCAAUAAGGCUCGGACGACCAGCCUGUACGACGGCGAGGCCAAAGAGAUCGCCCACGUCAAGCACGUGUCUGAUCUGAUCAGCAAGGUUCUGUAUAAGCAGAAGUGGGAGGAGAAAGACAGAUACCUGCUGCCCCCUGAUGCCCCCGAGCUGGUUCUGGCUGUGAAGAACGCUGCUAACUACAGCAAGAAACUGUACACGGAGGUCUGGGACGAGGAGAAGACCAUGUUCUACCCCUACAGCGACAGUCCGGAGCUGCGCAGGGUGGCCAAGGCUCAGGAGGUCCUCAGCGAUGUCAUCUACAAGAAAGGUCACGAUCAUCGCAAGGCCAAGUACACGUCUCUGGCCGACCCCCCCGAGGUGGAGCUGGCCAGGAGGGCCGACGAGCAGCGCAGCGACCUGAAGUACAAGAAAGACUACAAUGAGAACGUGAAGGGUCAGUGGUGCGAGACGCCCUACUUCGACGUGGCCACCGCCAGAGUGGCGAUGGAGAACCUCAGCCAAAGGAAAUACACCCAGGAGUUCGAGGACACCAAAGACCAAAUCUACUUCAUGCAGACGGACACGCCCGUUUAUGAAACCAACAAGAAGGCUCGCAUUGCUGCCAGUGAGGUCCAAUACAAGAAGGAGUACGAGAAAAACAAAGCCCAGUGCGACUACAACACGCUGCCCGCCACCGAGAACCCCCUGCUGACGCAGCUCCGAUACGCCGGCACCAUCCUCAGCGAUAAAGUCUAUAAGGCCAACUACGAGAAGUCCCGGGGCUUCAGCAUCAACUACUGCGACACGCCCAAGUUCCAGAUGGACUCCCGUCUCAAGCAGUUCACCGACGCCCACUACAAAGACAAGUAUGACAAUGAGGUCAAAGGUCACUACAUCGGCAGCUAUGAUGACCUCUACAUGCUUCACUGCCAGAAGGUCGAGGAGAUGAAGAACGAGCAAUUAUAUAAAGCCGAGUACGAGGACAUCAACCCCUGCUUCUUCCCUCAAACCAUCACGGCCGAGUACGAAGCCACCAAGAACCUGGAGAAGUGUAAAGAUAAAGUUUACCGGCAGCAUCCGGGAACCGUCAAAUUCACUCAGGUGACGGACUCGCCGGUCCAGGUCCAGGCCGCCAUCAACGCCCAGCAGCUGAGCGACUUGAAUUACAAAGCCAAGUAUGAAGAGUCAAAGGUCAAGUACAGCCUCCCCCCAGACUACCCCUUCUUCGUCCAGUCCCGAGUCAACGCUUUCAACCUCAGUGAAAACUGCUACAAGUACGACUGGGAGAAAUCGAAAGCCAAGAAGUUUGAGAUCCGAGGCGACGCCAUCCCCAUCCUGGCCGCCCGGGCUCACACCAACAUCGCCAGCGAUGUAAAAUACAAAAAGGAGUACGAGAAGAACAAGGGCCAGAUGGUCGGAGCCCUCAGCAUCGAGGACGACCCCAAGAUUCUGCACUCCGUCCAUGUGGCCAAAAUCCAGAGCGAACGCGAAUACAAGAAGGACUACGAGAAGAUCAAGACGAAGUACCACUCGCCGCUGGACAUGAUGUCCGUCAGCCUGGCCAAGAAGUCGCAGGCCAUCGCCAGCAUGGCGGGCUACCGCAGCGUCAGCACCAACUUCUUCCUGCCGCCCGACUCGGUGCUGCUCGACCUGGCCAAGAAGGCCAACCUCAUCCAGAGCGACAACGAGUACAAGUCAGAGUACAACGCCUCCACCAAGGGCACGCCCUGGGUCACCUUCGGCUCCAUGGAGGUGGAGAAGGCCAAGAGAGCGGCGGAGAUCCUGAACGAGAAAAAGUACAGGCAGCACCCGGACACCAUCCCCUUCACGGCCAUCGACGACCACCCCAUCAUGUUGCAGGCCAAAGUCAACCAGCUGCAGAGGAGUGACAAAUUCUACAAACGCGGUCUUGAGGAGAUCCAUCAGAAGUACUCUCUGCCGCCCGACGCUCCCGAGUUCCUUCAGGCCAACUGCAACGCCUACAACAUCAGCAAGAACUACUACAAGCUGGCCUGGCAGGACCUGAUCGCUAAAGGUUAUGACCUGAAGGCCGACGCCAUCCCCAUCAUCGCCGCCAAAGCUGCUCGCCAUGCCGCCAGCGACGUCCAGUAUAAGAAGGCCUACGAGAAGGCCAAAGGUCACCACGUGGGCUUCCGCAGCCUGCAGGACGACCCCCUGCUGGUCCACUACAUGGAGGUGGCCAAAAUGCAGAGCGACAAGAACUACAAGAAGGACUACCACAAGGUGAAGCUGAAGUUCCACUCCCCGGUGGACAUGAUGAGCGUGGCGCACGCCAAGCACGCGUCCAAGGUUCAGACCUUCGCCGGCUACAAGAAGAUCCCCCACAACUACUGCCUGCUGCCGGACGCCAUGAGCCUGGACCUGGCCCGCACCAUGAACUUCAACGCCAGCGACUGCAACUAUAAGCUGGACUACGAGAGCUCGGUGAAGGGACUGGGCUGGGUCCCCAUCGGCUCCCUGGAGGUGGAGAAAGCCAAGGCGGCCGGAGCGGCUCUGGACGAGAAGAAGUACCGGCAGCACCCGUCCACCUUCAGAUUCACCAGCACCUCCGACUCCAUGAACAUGGAGCUGGCCAAGGCCAAUGCCAAGAUCCUGAAUGCGAAAGAGUACAAAGCCAGUGGAGAGAAGUUCAUGCACACCUACCAUCUCCCCCACGACGCCCCCGAACUGCUGCAAGCCCGAUACAACGCCGUCAACAUCAGCCCGAAUUAUUACACCUACGCUCACCGUCAAGAUCUGCUCAAAGGACAUCACAUGAAGGAGGACGCCAUUCCCAUCGUCGCUGCUAAGUCUUCCAGGGACAUUGCCAGCAACUACAAGUACAAGCUGGCCUACGAGAAGGCCAAAGGUCACCACGUGGGCUUCCGCAGCCUGCAGGACGACCCCCUGCUGGUCCACUACAUGGAGGUGGCCAAAAUGCAGAGCGACAAGAACUACAAGAAGGACUACCACAAAGCCAAGCUGAAGUACCACUCCCCGGUGGACAUGAUGAGCGUGGCGCACGCCAAGCAGGCCUCCGCCGUUCAGACGUACACCGGAUACAGGAAGAUCCCCCACAGCUUCCUGCUGCUGCCCGACAACAUGCACCUGCAGCGCUGCCGCAACAUGAUGGAGAUCCAGAGUGACAAUGUCUACAAGUCAGAGUACAAUAACUACAGCAGAGGCACUGGGUGGGUUCCCAUCGGUUCUCUGGAUGUGGAGAAGGCCAAAGCUGCUAAAGCGGCGCUGGAGGAGCGAGGCUACCGCCAGCAUCCCAGCACGCUGAAGUUCACCAGCACCGUUGACGCCAUGAACAUGGCUCUGGCUCUGACCAACUCCAAGCAGCUGGACAAUGCUGCUUAUAAAGCGUCAGGCGAGAAGUUCAUGCACACGUAUCACCUGCCGGCGGACAGCCCCGAGUUCCUGCAGGCCAAGUUCAAUGCGCAGACGCUCAGUGAGAGUCACUACAAGCACAAGUGGCUGGAAACCAUCGCCAAGGGAUACGACAUGAAGCCGGACGCCAUUCCCAUUCUGCAUGCCAAGCAGGGCAGACACAUUGCCAGCGACGUCCAGUACCAUAAAGAGUACGAGAAGGCCAAAGGUCACCACGUGGGCUUCCGCAGCCUGCAGGACGACCCCCUGCUGGUCCACUACAUGGAGGUGGCCAGGCUGCAGAGCGACAAGAACUACAAGAAGGACUACCACAAGUCCAAGCUGAAAUACCACUCCCCGGUGGACAUGAUGAGCGUGGCGCACGCCAAGCAGGCCUCCGCCGUUCAGACAUACGCCGGAUACAGGAAGAUCCCCCACAGCUUCCUGCUGCUGCCUGACAACAUGCACCUGCAGCGCUGCCGCAACAUGAACAUCCAGUCCAGCGAGUGUGAUUACAAGUCUGAAUGGAACAACUUCAUCAGAGGCACUGGAUGGGUUCCGAUCGGGUCGCUCGCCGUUGAGACCGCUAAGGUCGGCGGUCAGAUUCUGAGUGAGCAGAAGUACCGAACUCACCCGUCAACCUUCAAGUACAGCAAGCUGAUGGACUCCAUGGACGUGGCUCUGGCCACGGCCAACAACCAGAUCAUGAACAAGAAAGCUUACACUGCUGCGUGGGAGAAGGACAAGCUGACCGUCCACGUCAUGCCCGAUGCUCCAGAGAUUGUCUUGGCAAAGGCCAACGCUCUCAACAUGAGCAAUAAACUCUACAAAGCCGGCGUGGUGGAGAUGGCCAACAAGGGCUACAACCUCAAAGCCGAUGCGAUCCCCAUUGUGGCUGCCAAGUCUGGCACAAACAUUGCCAGUAAUUACAAGUACAAGCUGGCCUACGAGAAGGCCAAAGGUCACCACGUGGGCUUCCGCAGCCUGCAGGACGACCCCCUGCUGGUCCACUACAUGGAGGUGGCCAGGCUGCAGAGCGACAAGAACUACAAGAAGGACUACCACAAGUCCAAGCUGAAGUACCACUCCCCGGUGGACAUGCUGAGCGUGGUGCACGCCAAGCAGGCCUCCGCCGCCCAGACCUUCGCCGGCUACAGGAAGAUCCAGCACACCAACAUGCUCCUCCCAGACGCCAUGAACCUGCAGCUGGCCCGCAACAUGAACAUCCAGUCCAGCGAUUGCGAGUACAAGUCUGAAUGGAACAACUUCAUCAGAGGUAUCGGAUGGGUCCCGAUCGGGUCGCUUGCGGUUGAAACCGCAAAGGUCGGCGGUCAGAUUCUGAGCGAGCAGAAGUACCGAACUCAUCCGUCAAAAUUCAAGUACAGCAAGCUGAUGGACUCCAUGGACGUGGCUCUGGCCACGGCCAACAACCAGAUCAUGAACAAGAAAGCUUACACUGCUGCGUGGGAGAAGGACAAGCUGACCGUCCACGUCAUGCCCGAUGCUCCAGAGAUUGUCUUGGCCAAGGCCAACGCUCUCAACAUGAGCAAUAAACUCUACAAAGCCGGCGUGGUGGAGAUGGCCAACAAGGGCUACAACCUCAAAGCCGAUGCGAUCCCCAUUGUGGCUGCCAAGUCUGGCACAAACAUUGCCAGUAAUUACAAGUACAAGCUGGCCUACGAGAAGGCCAGAGGUCACCACGUGGGCUUCCGCAGCCUGCAGGACGACCCCCUGCUGGUCCACUACAUGGAGGUGGCCAGGCUGCAGAGCGACAAGAACUACAAGAAGGACUACCACAAGUCCAAGCUGAAGUACCACUCUCCGGUGGACAUGCUGAGCGUGGUGCACGCCAAGCAGGCCUCCGCCGCCCAGACCUUCGCCGGCUACAGGAAGAUCCAGCACACCAACAUGCUCCUCCCAGACGCCAUGAACCUGCAGCUGGCACGGAACAUGCAGUUCAUUGCCAGUGAUAACCAGUACAAGAGCGAGUAUGAGAACUACAUCAAAGGCAUUGGGUGGGUCCCGAUUGGCUCGCUGGAUGUGGAGAAAACUAAAGCUGCUGGAAAGGCCUUCAGUGAGAAGUUAUACCGUCAGGCUCCGAGCAACUUCAAGUUCACCAAAGACAUGCACUCUAUGGACCUGGUGCUGGCCACGGCUAACAAUCAGAUCAUGGAUAAGAAAUCCUACACCAGCGCCUGGGACAACGACAAGACUACAAUUCAUGUCAUGCCCGAUGCAAUGGACAUCAUUCUGGCCAGAGAUAACAGGAAAAACUACAGCGAGAAAUUGUACAAACUGGAUAAUGAGCUGUCCAAGAAGAAGGGUCAUCAUGUUGGCGUGGACGCCAUCGCAGUCCAGGCUGCUAAAGCCUCCACCAUUAUUGCCAGUGAUUACAAGUACAAGACAGGGUACCGUAAGCAGGUGGGCCACCACAUCGGCGCCCUCAGCAUCCAGGACGACCCGCUGCUCAUGCUGGCACUCAACUCAGCCAAGAUCGCCAGCGACGCCCUGUACAAGAAGGACUUCAACAAGUCCAAGACCAAGUUCAACCUGCCGGUGGACAUGAUGGCCUUCGAACUGGCCAAGAAGAACCAGAUCCAGGUCAACCACGCCAACUACAUCACCCGCCUGCACAACUGGACGUGCCUGCCGGACUCCAACGACGUGGUGCAGGCCCGACACGCCUACAACCUCCAGAGUGACGCUGUGUAUAAGGAGGACUUCAGGAUGCUGCAGGGUGUAGGAUGGGUGCCCAUUGGUUCACUGGACGUUGAGAAAGUCAAGAAAGCCGGCGAGGCACUGAGUGAAAGACUGUAUCGUCAACACCCCAGCAACUUCAAGUACAAAAUGACGACUGAAGACAUGCCCCUUGCGCUGGCUAAGGCCAACGCUCAGGUCAUGAACAAGCAAGCCUACACUCAGGCCUGGGACAAGGACAAGACCACCAUCCACGUCAUGCCUGAUGCCAUGGAUAUUGUUCUGGCCAAGGCAAACAAAGUCAACUACAGUGUGAAACUGUACAAGCAGGCAAAUGAAGACGCGAAGAAGAAGGGCUACGAUCUGCGCAAUGACGCCAUUUCCAUCCUCGCUGCCAAGGCUGGCAGAGACAUUGCCAGUGAUUACAAGUACAAGACGGGGUACCGGAAGCAGGUGGGCCACCACAUCGGUGCCCGCAGCAUCCAGGACGACCCUCUGCUCAUGCUGGCACUCAACUCAGCCAAGAUCGCCAGCGACGCCCUGUACAAGAAGGACUUCAACAAGUCCAAGACCAGGUUCCACCUGCCUGUGGACAUGCUGAACCUGGAACUGGCCAAGAAAUGCCAGAUCCAGGUCAACGACUUCAACUACAGGACUCGCCUGCACCAGUGGACGUGUCUGCCGGACUCCAACGACGUGGUCCAGGCCCGACACGCCUACGACCUCCAGAGUGACGCUGUGUAUAAGGAGGACUUCAGGCUGCUGCAGGGUGUAGGAUGGGUGCCCAUUGGCUCGCUGGAUGUUGAGAAAGUAAAAAAAGCUGGUGAAAUCCUGAGUGAGAAACAGUACCGUCAACACCCCAGCAACUUCAAGUUCAAAAUGACGACUGAAGAUAUGCCCCUCGUGCUGGCUAAGGCCAACGCUCAGGUCAUGAAUAAGAAAGCAUAUGUUGAACAUUGGGACAACGAGAAGACGAAGAUUCACGUCAUGCCCGAUGCGAUGGAUGUUGUUCUGGCCAAAGCAAACAAUGUCAUCUACAGUGAGAAAAAGUACAAACAGGGAUAUGAAGAUGCCAAGAAGAAGGGCUAUGACCUCCGUAAUGAUGCCAUUUCCGUCAUCGCAGCCAAGAAUUCCAGAGACAUUGCCAGUGAUUACAAGUACAAGACGGGGUACCGGAAGCAGGUGGGCCACCACAUCGGUGCCCGCAGCGUCCAGGACGACCCUCUGCUCAUGCUGGCACUCAACUCAGCCAAGAUCGCCAGCGACGCCCUGUACAAGAAGGAUUUCAACAAGUCCAAGACCAGGUUCCACCUGCCAGUGGACAUGCUGAACCUGGAACUGGCCAAGAAAUGCCAGAUCCAGGUCAACGACUUCAACUACAGGACUCGCCUGCACCAGUGGACGUGUCUGCCGGACUCCAACGACGUGGUCCAGGCCCGACACGCCUACGACCUGCAGAGUGACGCUGUGUAUAAGGAGGACUUAAGGAUGCUGCAGGGUGUAGGAUGGGUGCCCAUUGGCUCGCUGGACGUUGAGAAAGUGAAGAAAGCAGGCGAGGUGCUAAGUGAGAGGCUGUAUCGUCAACACCCCAGCAACUUCAAGUACAAGAUGACGACUGAAGACAUGCCCAUCGCGUUGGCUAAAGCCAAUGCUCAGGUCAUGAACAAGAAAGCGUACACUGAAGCUUGGGACAACGAGAAGACAAAGAUCCACGUCAUGCCUGAUGCCAUGGAUGUGGUUCUGGCCAAAGCAAACAACGUCAACUACAGCUUGAAAUUGUACAAACAAGCAAAUGAAGAAGCCAAGAAGAAGGGCUACGAUCUGCGCAAUGACGCCAUCUCAGUCAUUGCUGCCAAGGCUGGCAGAGACAUUGCCAGUGAUUACAAGUACAAGACGGGGUACCGAAAGCAGGUGGGCCACCACAUCGGCGCCCGCUCCGUCCAGGAUGACCCUCUCAUCAUGCUGGCUCUCAACUCGGCCAAGAUUGCCAGUGACGCCCUGUACAAGAAGGACUUCAACAAGUCCAAGACCAAGUUCCACCUGCCGGUUGACAUGCUGAACCUGGAGCUGGCCAAGAAAUGCCAGAUCCAGGUCAACGACUUCAACUACAGGACUCACCUGCACCAGUGGACGUGUCUGCCGGACUCCAACGACGUGGUCCAGGCCCGACACGCCUACGACCUCCAGAGUGACGCUGUGUACAAAGCUGACCUGAAGUGGCUCCAGGGUCUGGGCUGGGUCCCGAUCGGCUCAAUUGACGUUGAGAAAGUCAAGAAAGCUGGAGAGAUUUUGACGGACAGGCUGUACCGCCAGCAUCCCAGCACCGUUCCCUUCACCAGCCCCACUGACGCCAUGAACCUCGUCCUGGCCAAGAAUAAUGCCCUGACCAUGAGCAAGCGCCUUUACACUGAAGCGUGGGAGAAGGACAAGACACAGCUUCACAUCCAGCCUGACACUCCUGAGAUUGUCCUCUCUCAACAAAAUUCCAUCAACGUCAGCAGGAAACUCUACAGAGAAGGCUUUGAGGCUGCAAUCAGGAAAGGCUAUUUCCUUCCUCCGGAUUCGAUCUCAGUCAAAGCUGCCAAGGCCUCCAGAGAUAUCGCUAGCGACUACAAAUAUAAGACGGGCUACAGGCAGCAGGUGGGCCACCACAUCGGCGCCCGCUCCGUCCAGGACGACCCUCUCAUCAUGCUGGCUCUCAACUCAGCCAAGAUCGCCAGCGACGCUCUGUACAAGAAGGACUUCAACAAGUCCAAGACCAAGUUCCACCUGCCGGUUGACAUGCUGAACCUGGAGCUGGCCAAGAAAUGCCAGAUCCAGGUCAACGACUUCAACUACAGGACUCACCUGCACCAGUGGACGUGUCUGCCGGACUCCAAUGACGUGGUCCAGGCCCGGAAGGCCUACGACCUGCAGAGCGACGCUGUGUACAAGGCCGACCUGGAUGAGAUUGUGGGCGUCGGAUGGGUCCCCAUCGGGUCCAUUGAUGUGGUGAAGGCCAAGAACGCAGGCCAGAUCCUCAGUGACCGUCUUUACAAACAGAGACCCGACACAUUCAAGUUUAAGACUGACAUGACCGCCAUGCCGAUGGUCCUGGCCAAAGCCAACGCUGAAAUCAUCAACAAGAAAAACUACAUUGCUGCUUGGGAGGCUGAAAAAGUGAAGACUCAUGUGAUUCCUGACAUGCCAGAGAUGCUGCUCUCCAAAGCAAACGCCUACAACAUCAGCAGGAAACUGUACAGAGAAGGUGUUGAAGAGAUGUUCAGAAAGGGAUACGACAUGAAGCCCGAUGCCGUCUCCGUCAUCGCCGCCAAACAUGGAAGAGAAAUCAUCAGCGAUUACAAAUACAAGACGGGUUACCGGAAGCAGGUGGGCCACCACAUCGGAGCCCUCAGCGUCAAUGACGACCCCCUCAUUGUGUUGGCAUUGAACUCGGCCAAGAUCGCCAGCGACGCCCUGUACAAGAAGGACUUCAACAAGUCCAAGACCAAGUUCCACCUGCCGGUGGACAUGCUGAACCUGGAACUGGCCAAGAAAUGCCAGAUCCAGGUCAACGACUUCAACUACAGGACUCGCCUGCACAACUGGACCUGCCUGCCGGACUCCAACGACGUGGUCCAGGCCCGGAAGGCCUACGACCUGCAGAGCGACGCUGUCUACAAGGCCGACAUGGAGUGGAUCAAGGGAACGGGAUGGGUCCCGAUAGGGUCAGUGGACGUGGAGAAAGCCAAGAAAGCAGCAGAGAUCCUGAGCGAGAGGAAAUACCGUCAACCCCCCACCAACUUCAAGUUCAAAGCCCAAACCACCGACAUGCCGUACGCCCUCGCUCAGGCCAACGCUCAGAACAUGGACAAGAAAGCCUACAUUGCUGCCUGGGAGAAGGAUAAAACCAACAUUCACGUCAUGCCCGACACUCCGGAGAUCGUCCUGGCUCAGCAGAACAAACUCAACACCAGCCACAAAUAUUACCGUGAAGGAUUCGUGGACAUGAUCAAUAAAGGCUACUACCUCCCCAAAGACGCCAUUUCUGUUUUAUCAGCCAAAGCCUCCAGAGACAUCGUCAGUGAUUACAAAUACAAGGCCGGUUUCCGGAAGCAGUGUGGCCACCACAUCGGUGCCCUCAGCGUCAACGACGACCCGCUGAUCCUGCUGGCCGCCCACGCCGCCAAGAUCUCCAGUGACAACAUCUACAAGCAGGAAUUCAACAAGACCAAGACCAAGUACAACCUGCCGGUGGACAUGCUGACCAUCGAGCUGGCCAAGAAGUGCCAGCAGCAGGUCAACGACUUCAACUACAGGACUCACCUGCACCAGUGGACGUGUCUGCCGGACUCCAACGACGUGGUCCAGGCCCGGAAGGUCUACGACCUGCAGAGCGACGCCGUGUACAAAGCCGAUCUGGAGUGGCUGAAGGGAUGCGGCUGGUCGCCACAUGAAUCCGUGGACGUGGUUAAAGUGAAACACGCCCAGACCAUCCUCAACGAGAGGCUGUACCGCCAGCCCCCCAGCACCGUCAAGUUCACCAGCAUCGUCGACCUCCCCGCCGUCGUCCUGUCCAAGCAGAAUGCCGACAACCUCAGCGACUGGAAAUACAGAGAGGUCUGGGAUAAAGACAAGCUCACCAUUCACAUUCCCACCGACACGCCCACCUUCGAGCUGUCAAAGGCCAACGCUGUCAACGUCAGCAACAAGCUGUACACUAAAGCAUGGGACGACCAGAAGGCCAAAGCGUACCAUGUGAAGGAGGAUGCUAUUUCCGUGCUGAAGGCCAAAGCGUCCAGAGAUAUCAUCAGUGACUACAAGUACCACGAGGGGUACCGGAAGCAGGUGGGCCACCACAUCGGCGCCCGCUGCGUCCAGGACGACCCCCUCAUCAUGCUGGCCCUCAACUCGGCCAAGAUCGCCAGCGACGCUCUGUACAAGAAGGACUUCAACAAGUCCAAGACCAAGUUCCACCUGCCGGUCGACAUGCUGAACCUGGAACUGGCCAAGAAAUGCCAGAUCCAGGUCAACGACUUCAACUACAGGACUCACCUGCAUCAGUGGACGUGUCUGCCGGACUCCAACGACGUGGUCCAGGCCCGGAAGGCCUACGACCUGCAGAGCGACGCCGUGUAUAAAGCUGAUCUGGAGUGGCUCCGAGGCUGCGGCUGGAUGCCACAUGAGAGUGUCGACGUCCUGAAGGUGAAGCACGCUCAGAAGAUCCUGGCCGACAGAGGCUACCGGGUCAAGCUGGAUGAACAGAAGUACAUCGUGCCAAAUGACAGAGUUGACCUGGUCUGUGCCAAGAACGCUGCUGAGGUCCUCAAUGAGGCCAAAUAUCGUGAAGCCUGGCAUCAGGACAAGACCAAGUACACCCUCGUGGACACUCCGUCUCUCGCCACGGCCAGAGAGGUGGCCAAGAACGUUCACCCUAAACUGUACACCAAAGCCUGGGACAGUGUGAAAGCCACGGGGUACUUCAUGCCCGGAGACGCUGUGCCCAUCAAGCAGUGCAUCCAGACAAGCAAAGUGCAGAGUAAUCAUAAAUACCUGGAGUCGUACCGGAAGCAGGUGGGCCACCACAUCGGCGCCCGCUGCGUCCAGGACGACCCCCUCAUCAUGCUGGCCAUAAACUCGGCCAAGAUCGCCAGCGACGCUCUGUACAAGAAGGACUUCAACAAGUCCAAAACCAAGUUCCACCUGCCGGUGGACAUGCUGAACCUGGAACUGGCCAAGAAAUGCCAGAUCCAGGUCAACGACUUCAACUACAGGACUCACCUGCACCAGUGGACGUGUCUGCCGGACUCCAACGACGUGGUCCAGGCCCGGAAGGUCUACGACCUGCAGAGCGACAACGUCUACAAGGCCGAUCUGGAAUGGAUCCGGGGCUGCGGCUGGGUGGCGGCCGACUCCGUCGACCACGUCAAGGUCAAGAAGGCUCAGGAGAUCCUCAACGAGAGGCUCUACAAGAAGCAAGCCCAGGACAACUUCGGAAAAUUCACCCUGGUGGUGGACCGGCCUGAGAUCAUCCUGGCUAAGAUCAACGCCGCCAACCUCAGCGAUCUGAAGUACCACGAGACUUUCAAUGCCGAAAAGGGUCGUUACAUCGGUUCAGAGGAUACUCCUCAGCUGGCACACAGCAGGGAGGUCUCCAAGAACAUCAGCGAGAAACUCUACAAGUCUGACUGGGAUUCCACCAAGGCUCUGGGCUACAAGCUGGACCAUGAAUACAUCCCACUGGUCAGCGGCAAGAAGGGCAGGGAGAUCGCCAGCGACGCCAAGUACAAGGACGCCCACGAGAAGGCCAAAGGUCACUACAUGGCAGGGACCCUGGUGGACUUCCCGGAGGUGGUUCGCUGUGGAGAGCAGGAGAAGGGGAAGGGCCUGAGGCUCUACCAUAAGGAUUACCACCAAACCAAGACCAAGAUCCACCUCCCGCCCGACAUCAUCGCCAACCAGGUGGCGAAGCGCUGCCAGGACAUGCUGAGCGACGUCCUGUACCGCACCUACCUGCACCAGUGGACCUGCCACCCCGAGCAGGAGGACGCCAUCCGGGCCCGCAAGACCAACGAGAUCCUCAGCGAUGUCUUUUACAAGGACGACCUGAACUGGAUGAAGGGCAUCGGCUGCUUCGUGUGGGACACCCCCGAGAUCCUCCGCGCCAAGAAGUCCUACGACCUUCAGAGCGAGCUCAAGUACCGAACCGAAGCCAAGAAGGAUUUCAACAACUACUCCAUCGUGACGGACACGCCCGUUUACGUGACGGCCAUCCUGGGACACACCUGGGCCAGCGAGCUGAACUACAGGGAGGCCUACCACAAGGAGAAGCAUCUCUACACCACCGUGCUGGACACCUACGACUACGCCCGCUGCCACAACUUCAAGCACUUCUUCAGCAACAAAAACUACACCGCCGCCUGGGACAAAGUCAAAGCCACGUCCUACCAGAUCCCUCAUGACUCGCACGCCAUGCAGCACGCCAAGCACCAGAAGGUCGUCCUCAGCAACGUGAAGUACAAGGAGGAUUAUGAGAAGUUCAAGUCCCUCUACAGUCUGCCCAAGUCUCUGGAGGACGAUCCGUCCACGGCUCGCUGCGUCAAGGCGGGAAAGCUGGUCCUGGACCGUCUGUACAAGGAGAACUACGAGAAGACCAAGGCCAAGAACCACAUCCCCCCCGACAUGCUGGAGAUCCUGUCGGCCCGGAACACCCAGUCCACCGUCAGCGGCAUCAACUACCGCAAGUACCUGCACCAGUGGAUCUGCCUGCCCGACAUGCAGGUGUACGUCCAGGCGCGCAAGGUCAACGAGCAGCUCAGCGACAUCUUCUACAAGGACGACCUGAACUGGCUGAAGGGGAUCGGCUGCUACGCCUGGGACACGCCGGAGAUCCUGCGCGUGAAGCACGCCGGCGACCUUCAGAGCGAGGCGAAGUACAGAGCGAAGGGCAUCGAGGCGUUCAAGGACUACUCCGUGGUGACGGACACUCCGGUGUACGAGACCGCCAAGCAGAACGCCGUCAACCUGAGCGACCUGCACUACCGCUCCGACUACAACGCCAACAUCAAGGGCACCAACACGGCGCCCGCCGUCACCAUCGAGACCGAGAGGGCCCGCCUGGCCAACUACAUCCAGAGUGAUAACAUCUACAAAGACGCCAACAAGCACUCCAUGCCCACCGGCUACUCGCUGCCUCACGACACGCCGCUCAUCACUCAGGCCAAGAAGAACAGCGUGGUCUCCAGCAACGUGAAAUACAAGGAGGCGUAUGAGAUGAUGAAGGCCAGGUCGUACACACUCCACCCGGAGGGCGUCAACUUCGUCACGUCCAGGAAGGCUCACAAGAUCGUCAACGACCGUCUCUACCGUGAGACGUACCACAAGCAGAAGGACAAGAUCCACACAACCUACGACACUCCCGACAUCCGGCAGGUCAAGAUGAACCAGGACCACCUGAGUGACCUGUGGUACAAGGAGAAGUACAACAGCACGAAGGGCCAGCUGAUCUCGCUGCCCAUCACGCCCGAGCUGCUGCACUGCUACCACGUCAACGAGAUCACCAGCGAGCUGAAAUACAAAGAGGACCUGUCCUGGCUGCGCGGGCUCGGCUGCUUCCUGUACGACACGCCGGAGAUGGUCCACGUCCGCAACAUCACCAAGUUCAAGGAGAACUACCCGGUGGAGGCCAAGAAGAACCUGGCCAACUUCUCCGUGGUGCUCGACACUCCGGAGUACAAGCGAGUGACGGAGCUGAAGACGCACAUGAGCGGCAUGGUCUACAAAGCCCAGAGCAAGCGGGACAUGGCCAAAGUCACCAUGACGGCCGAGGCCGUGGACGUCCAGAGAGCCAAGUGGGCCCAGCAGCUGACCAAUAAGUACCUGUACACCGACCUGGCCGCGAAGGAGAGAGUCCACUUCACCCCGGAGAGCGAGACGCCGACGAUGGGCCACGCCAGAAAGAUGAAAGUCAUCUUCAGCGACAAUAAAUACAAGGAGCAGUAUGAGAAGAUGAAGCACCGCUACACGGCCAUCGCCGACACGCCGCUGCUCAUCCGCGCCAAGAAGUCCUACCUGCAGUCCAGCGACCUGCGUUACAAGGAAACCUUCGAGCUCUCUAAAGGACACUACCGCACCGUGAAGGACGCCCUGGACGUGGUCUACCACCGCAGAGUGACCGACGACAUCAGUGAGGUCAAAUACAGGGAGAAGUACAUCAGCUCCCUGGGAACCUGGAAGUCCAUCCCGGAUCGCCCCGAGUUCUUCUUCAGCAGGAUCGUCAACGACAACGUCAGCAACGUCAAGUACAAGGAGGACCUGGACUGGCUCCGGGGCAUCGGCUGCUUCGUGUGGGACACGCCCGAGCUGCUGCUGGCCGAGAACAACAAGAAGCUGUACAGCGAGAGGCUGUACAAAGCUUCCUUUGAGAAGAACAGAGCCAACUUUAAAUACACGUCCGACACGCCGUUCUUCCAGGCCGCCAAGAACGCCUCCAUCCUCAUCAACGACAGGACCUACAGGUCUAACUAUGAGAAGACCAAGGAUAAGUUCACCAUCACCACAGACGACCCCAGGUACCAGCUGGCCCGGGAGAACCGGAAGAUGAGCCAGGUAAAGUACAGGGAGCAGUACGAACGCGCCAAGGACAAGUUCACCUCCAUCCUGGAGACCCCCGAGUACGAAGCCCACCGGCGCAGCAAGAAGAUCGGCGACAUCAUCUACAAGAUGGAGUACCACAAGAACAAGGCCAAGGGCUACACCCUGCCGUACGACACGCCGUACCAGCAGCACAUGAAGAAGGUCAAGGAGAUCACCAGCAACCUGAAGUACAGGGAGGUGUACGAGCGGAGCAAGGCUCAGAUCAACAUGGACCCUGAGGCUCACGACAUCCGCGCCGCCAAGGAGGCCUACAAGAACAUCAGCAACCUGGACUACAAGAAGAAGUACGAAGCCACCAAGAACAAGUGGAUCUGGACCACGGAUCGGCCCGACUUCCUCAACGCCGCCAAGAACUCACUGCAGCAGAGCGACGUUGAGUACAAGUACGACAAGGAGAUGCUGAAGGGCUGCGUGAUCCCCGUGGUCGACGACAAGCUGACGCUGCUCUGCCUGAAGAACGCCGAGAUGGCCAGCGACGUCAAGUACAAGCAGAAGUAUGAGAAGGCCAAAGGUCACUACGUGCCCGUGAAGGACACGCCCCAGAUCCUGCACGCCAAGGCGGUGCGCAGCCUGGCGUCAGAGAGCAAAUACAAGGCGGCCAGCAAGAAGGAGAUGCAGUCGGGCUCCUUCACCACGCUGCCUCAGACCCGGGACACCGUCCACAGCAAGCAGAUCAACCAGCUCGUCAGCGGGAAACUCUACAAAGCCAAGUUCGAGAAGGAGAAGGGCAAGUCCAUCUACAACAGCAUGGUGGUGCCGCCCGACGUGCAGCACGCCAUGGACGUGGCCAAGAGCCAGAGCAACGUCGCCUAUAAGAAGAGCGCCAAAGCCAACCUGCACUACACCACCGUGGUGGACCGGCCCGACAUCAGGAAGGCCACGCAGGCCGCCAAGCUCAUCAGCGAGAUCGGCUACCGGGAGAAGGCCCGGGAGGAGGCCAGCCGCGGAGGCUCCCUGGUCCACCGCCCGGACAUCGCUCUGGCCACCGAAGUGUCCAAGCUGACCAGCCAGGUGAAGUACAAGGAGAAGUUUGACAAGGAGGUGAAGGGGAAGAAGCCGCAGUACGACCUGAAGGAGAGCAAGAUUUACAAGACGCUGAAGGACGCCAACGAGUUGGCCAGUGAGGUGAAGUACAAGGGCGACCUGAAGAAGAUCCACAAGCCCGUGACGGACAUGGCCGAGUCUCUGUCCAUGCAGCACAGUCUGAGCACCAGCAAGCUGUCCAGCAGCUACUGCUACAAGAAGAAAUUUGAGGAGAGUAAGGGUCACUACCACAUGAUUCCCGACACACCAGAGCAGCUCCACCUGAAGGAGGCCUCUGAACUGCAGAGCAACGUGAAGUACAAGGAGAAGUAUGAGAAGGAGAAGGGCAAGGCCAUGUUGGACUUCGAGACGCCCACGUAUGUGACGGCGAAGGAGGCGCAGCACAUGCAGAGCCAGAAAGACUAUAGGAAGGACUUUGAGGAGAACAUGAAGGGAAAGAACCUCUCAGGCUUGGAGGUCACCCCCGCCAUGAUUCAUGUCAGACACGCCACAAAGAUAGCCAGCGAGAGGGAGUACAGGAGGGAUCUAGAGGAGGGCGUGAAGGGUAAAGGCCUCACGGCACUGGAGGAAACUCCGGAGCUCUUGAGAGCCCGGAAUGCCACUCAGAUCCUGUGUGAGAGGGAGUACAAGAAGGCGCUGGAGGAGGAGAUUAAGGGAAAGGGAAUGUUGGCCUUGGCGACGGACACCCCAGACUUCAUGAGAGCCAGAAACGCCACCGACAUCCUGAGCCAGACGAAGUACAAGCAGACGGCGGAGAUGGACCGAGCCAGCUACACCACGGUGAUCGACACGCCGGACAUCAUCCACGCCCAGCAGAUGAAGAACAUCGUCAGCCAGAAAAAGUACAAGGAGGAGGCGGAGAAGACCAUGUCCCACUACGUGCCGGUCCUGGACACCCCCGAGAUGCAGAGAGUCCGUGAGAACCAGAAGAACUUCAGCACGCUUCAGUACCAGACUGACCUUAAAAACAUAAAGGGCAAAGUGUCUACUGUACAGGACACGCCUGAAAUGCUCCGAGUUAAGGAGAACACAAAGAAUUUCAGCUCGAUUCAGUACAAAGACGAGUUGGGAGGAGGAACCGCUCUGCCCAAGACCCCCGAGAUGGAGCGGGUCAAACACAACCAGCAGAACAUUAGCACGAUUCAGUACAGGGACUCGCUGGGUGGAGGCACCGCCAUCCCAGACCUGCCCGAGGUGCAGCGGGUCCGGCAGGCCCAGAAGAACAUCAGCCUGAUUCAGUACAAGGACUCGGUGGGUGGAGGCACUGCCAUCCCCGACCCCCCCGAGGUGCAGCGGGUCCGAGAGACCCAGAAGAAUAUCAGCCUGAUUCAGUACAAGGACUCAGUGGGUCGAGGCACCGCCAUCCCAGACCUGCCCGAGGUGAAGCGGGUCCGAGAGACCCAGAAGAACAUCAGCCUGAUUCAGUACAAGGACUCAGUGGGGCGAGGAACCGACAUUCCAGACCCUCCAGAGGUGAAGCGGAUCCGAGAGACCCAGAAGAACAUCAGCCUGCUACAAUACAAAGAAGGAGUGGGACACGGUACCUCGGUGUCAGAGACGCCAGAGAUGGAGAGGGUUAAACGCAAUCAGCAGAAUAUUAGCACGAUAAAGUACAAGGACUCUUUGGGCCGAGCGACGGCGAUCCCGGAUCUGCCCGAGGUGCAGCGGGUCAAACAAACCCAGAGGCACAUCAGCUCGGUGUUGUAUAAAGACGGUUCAGCCAAGGGAACCCCUGUGGUGUUCACUCCAGAGAUGGAGCGAGUCAAAAGGAACCAGGAGAACAUUAGCUCGGUGCUGUACUCCGACAGUUUCCGGAAGCAGGUUCAGGGCAAAGCCGCCUUCGUGCUGGACACCCCUGAGAUGAGGCGCGUCCGGGAGACCCAGCGCAUCAUCUCCGGGGUGAGAUACCACGAGGACUUCGAGAAGCACAAGGGCAGCUUCACGCCGACCACCUCGGACCCCGUCACCGAGCGCGUCAAGAAGAACACGCAGGACUUCAGCGACAUCAGCUACCGCGGCAUCCAGCGGCGCGUGGUGGAGAUGGAGCGCAGACGGGCCAUCGAGCACGACCAGGAGACCAUCACCGAUCUGCGCGUGUGGCGCACCAACCCGGGCUCCGUGUUCGAUUACGACCCGGCCGAGGACAACAUCCAGUCCAGGAGUCUGCACAUGAUGUCAGUCCAGGCCCAGCGCCGCAGCAAGGAGCACUCCCGCUCCACCAGCGCCCUGAGCGGCCUGGCUGACGAGAAGUCCGAGGUCUCCCAGGACGCGGACCACCACAUGUCCCUCUACAGCAACGGCUUCAUGACCUCCUCCAUCGGUUACCAACACGCCAAGACGGUGGAGGUGCAGCAGCGGUCGUCGUCAGUGGCCACCCAGCAGACCACCGUGUCCUCCGUCCCCUCCCACCCCUCCACCACCGGGAAAACCGUGCGUGCCAUGUACGACUACGCGGCGGCUGACAGCGACGAGGUGUCCUUCAAGGACGGAGACGUGAUCGUCAACGUCCAGGCCAUCGACGAGGGCUGGAUGUACGGCACCGUGCAGCGCACCGGCAAGACCGGCAUGCUGCCCGCCAACUACGUGGAGGCCAUCUGAAGAGCGAGCCCGCCCCCCGUCCCUCCGGAGGAGGCGCGACACGUCCACGGGGCCGGCGACCCCCACCCCACCCCAAACCACCCCCACCCCCACCCCCACCCCACCACCGUGUAGCUUUAGAGGUUUGUGUAGCUGCUCGCUGUCUGAACUCUGCAGUCAGUCCUGCUCCAUCCAUUCAUCCAUUCACUCAUUCAUGCCACCACCGCCGUGUUUCCUGUGGAUGUGACACAAGCUUCAUGACCCCACCCAUAUAAAUAUUAUAAAGACGCCUGCAGCCGAUGAGACACACCAUUCGAGCCGUUCUAGGAAACCGUCUUGGAGAAACAAGACGCCCGACUUGGCCCUGUUUUUUUGUACAUUUCAAAUUGAAGAGACAUUAUUUAACUUUCUUGUCCACUUUUCUCCUCCAAUCGACGGGCUGAAGUAUGUUGUUGCCUCGACUGGAGAUGGCUGGAAACACUGAAACCUGAAAGGAGUGAGCCGCCACCGUCCUCCUGAACAGUCAACUCGUAGACAGAAUGUGUUUGUUUCCUGGCUGAGGCUCGUCCUCCAUUAAUCAGUAGCUAAUAAAGACACCAAGUUCCUGCA